AUGCGUUGUUCGAGGCCGCUCGAGGUAGUUGGAGACAGAGUCUUAUUUGCAUGGUCUCAUCCUACGUGUACAGACCCAUACCGCCAGGAGAACAUGGUAUCGCAUGUCGUGUCGGAUAUCACGAUGAGACGAAAGUGUGAGGGAAUCAUAAUGUGUAUUAGUACGAGCGAUCGCGAUUAG